CAGCGAUGACGACGACGUGGGAUGACGGGCCGUAUGUCUUCAUUCUCAGGAUCGAAGGGAGCUCCCCGAAUUGGAACCUCAAAUUUGACGUGGAGAUGAAGCACCCGGAGCACCUCUACAUUUCCGCCUCGGAGUGGCCCCUCAUGGUGUUCUACAUGGUGAUGUGCAUCGUCUACGUGCUUUACGGCGUCCUCUGGUUGGUCCUGCUGGCCUGUUACUGGCGCGACAUCUUGCGCAUCCAGUUCUGGAUCGGCGGCGUGAUCUUCUUGGGCAUGCUGGAGAAAGCCGUCUUCUAUGCAGAGUUCCAGAGCAUCCAGUACCACGGAGUGUCGGUCCAAGGGGCGGUGAUAUUUGCGGAGAUCCUCUGCGCUGUGAAGCGGAUGUUGGCCCGAGUCCUCGUCAUCAUCGCCAGCCUGGGAUACGGCAUCGUCAAACCGCGGCUGGGUGCUCUCUUGAACCGCGUGGUUGGUGUCGGCCUGAUGUACCUGCUCUUCUCCGUCAUCGAGGGUGUCCUGCGGGUGAAAUCGGCGCAAGACGACUUGGUGCUCCUGUCUGCCAUCCCCCUGGCUAUGCUUGACUCCGCCCUCGGCCGCCACAUCCUGAUCAGCCUAGUCCAGACCAUGAAGCUGUUGAAACUCCGUCGGAACUUGGUGAAGCUCUCUCUCUACCGCCACUUCACCAACACCCUCAUCUUCGCCGUCAUCGCCUCCAUCAUCUUCAUUAUCUGGACCACCAAGACUUUCCGGCUCGCCACCUGCCAAUCGGACUGGCGGGAGCUCUGGAUCGACGACGCUUUCUGGCGGUUCCUCUUCUCCAUCAUCCUCUUAGUCAUCAUGUUCCUCUGGAGACCCUCGGCCAAUAACCAAAGAUACGCCUUUAUGCCCUUGGUGGACGAAGGCAGUGAGCCAGAAGACGAGGAGGAUGAGCAGAUGGUCAACAAGGCCUUCGGGAUGAAGAUGAGAGGCACGAAGCCCGAAGCCAACGGGAUCCUCAGGGGGAGCCGUGUGGAUGAAGACUUGAAAUGGGUCGAAGAAAACAUUCCCACUUCCAUGGCCGACGUCGUGCUGCCCCCUUUGCUGGACUCUGAUGAGGAAAUAGUAACCACGAAGUUUGAAAUGUCCAAGAUGGAAUGAAGUCAAGACUGCUAACCCAACUGCGCUCUCUUCCUGUUGGAUUUUGUGCGGCGAAAGAGUGGCAAAUGGUCACUUGGUUCCUUUUUACACACGCAUAUAUAUAUAGAUAUAUAUAUAUAUACACACACACACGUAUAUAUAUUUGUAUAUUGUUAAGAAGAUUAUUUUAUUACCGUUUGCAUUUCUGACUCUGAAGCUUCGGGGCUAUUGCUGGGCGGGGAGUGCCACUCACUCCCACCAGCCACGAGAGGAAUUCCGGAACGGCCACGCCUCCCGCCGGUGAGAAGGACAGCUCGAUCCGACUAACCUCACUCCCCCUGCCGUCUCCCCGACCGCUUUUGGAACUAGCGUUUCCCCCAGCCGUUAACACGACAGCGGUUUUGUUAACAUCAGUCCGGCCCCGUGCUUUCCGUUAGCGACUGCCCCCACGUUAGGUGGCGUGACAGUAUUGGCAGCACGCGCGACUCUCAAGUUGAAAGGUGGAAUUGGGUCCAGUGAAAGUGAUUUCUCUCCUCCUUCCCAACCUGUUGGUGACUUGGAAGUGGUGUUUAGGGGCGGGGUGGGGGGGUGACCAAAAGGGUGUGUGUAAAUACGUAUGUGAUUGUUACUGACAUUUUCCGGUGGGGCUUUGGGGAUGGUGGAAGGUCCGUCGGGGGCCAGGCCGAGGGGGAUUUGUGCUUCUUGGAGAGGAAUAAGCGUCCAGUCGCACGGCCAAGAUGGUUAUCGGGCAGCUGGCAAAAUUCGCGAGGGACGAGGGCCUUGCUGCAAAUGAGAACAGAUUACUUAUGAAUGCCAGUGGGCUGUGGCGCGUACUUGGGAAGGGGAAGGUUCUGGGUUUGAAUCCCCGUGACGGAAAUCCCUUCAAAAACUGCUUCUCAAACCGUGCUGGGGGUGGAGGAAAUCUUACAGAGAAUCUGAGCUGCGAAUGCACAUCUGCUGGCAUUUGGGGCCUGGCCGGGUGAGGUUGAGACGGGGGAAGUGAGAAAUCGGUUCUCACCUGCGAACGCUGAAGCCUGCUACCCUUGAGUGUGUUUUUUCAGGUCGCAAGAACAUUCUUCCUUCUCGCCCGCUCCAUUUUUGGAGGGAAUAACGUCAGAUUUUUUUGGGGGGGGGAGGAGAGGGAAUCCUUCCUACCCUUUUGUUUCAACCCUGUAAUCUCUGAGCCUCCUCUGCAGUUUCAGCAGGAGAGAGAGACGCCGCUCAGCUCCGAACGCCUGCCGCGCUCAAGACCCAGCUCUGCCUUCGUUCACGCUUUUCUUUAAAUUUCCACAAACUAAAAUAGCGCAUUCGAUCAGAGCUGUGGCCUGAAUUCUCCCAGAGGUGGGAGCUGCAUCGGCAACAGCUGGCCUCCCCAUACCUUCACACUUUUUUGCGCAUUUUCACACUCGGGUACAUUUCCUAUGUCCUGGCGUGGUGCUUCGGAGGUGACCUAGAUAAUCGGUGGGGGAUAGGAAGAGAGAAAAAUCAGAUUUCUUCUCCAGUAAACCUUUAUUUAUUUUGCAAUUGUACAUAAUGUCUUCUCUCGGGGAGGAACUCCUGUGUGUAUAUGUGUGUGUGUGUAUUACACAGUAAUAUUAAAAAAAGAAAAGAAAAAAUUACGCUCUCUG